UCGAACCCUAGUUCCCCACGGACAGCCAACUUUAAAACCCUAGCCGCCGCCCCUCCUCCAGAGCUUCUCUCCUCCCCCGCCUCCUUGCUGGCUGCCCUGGCGGAUCCUCUUGAAGAGAAGCAUCACGGCUGAAUUUCGGCUAGUUCAAUAGCCAUGUCUCUUGGGAGAAUCUCCAGAUGCGGUGGUCGUAUGGGUUUUCGAGGUUACAAGUUUCUCAGGAAGAUGUCUAGUGGCACCCAGUCUGAAGGAUCACACCAACCUGCUUCAAAGCGUGCUGUGAAUUCAUGCCGAAAGAAUGUACCAGGCACUUCAUUCGUCUCAGAUUUGAGAGAUCACGUCCACGAGUUCAUCCAUGCCUCUGCAGAUGAACACCGGACAUGCUUCACAAAGACUAUCAAGAAGAUGUUUGGGAUGUCAAAGAUUGUCGCAGAGAAAUCUGCAAAAGUAGAGGAAGCUGGACCUGAAAGUGUCUUGCCACUUCAGACCACAGUGUCUCAGUAGAAAUAUCGCCACUUUGUAUUGUCUCAGUACAAAUAGAAUGAAAUGUUAAUAACUAGGGGGUUCUCUGGUGAGAGGUUUUAGCUGUCAGUAAGCAUAGUUCUCUUGUGUAGAUAACACUUUUUUUCCAUACUUUUGACUGAUAUAAGAUUAUGUACAGUUACAUGAAA